CUGAUUUUGCAUGUCAAAUUUUUAACAAUAAUAAACAAAACAUUAGUUAGGCUUUAGUUUUAGUAGUUUAGCUUGUUUCAAUUUGUUAUGUAUUUUAAAUGAUCUAAUUGAUAAAAUGUCAUUUCUUAAAGAGUUGUGGAAUAGAUACAUGACUACUAACGCCCAAUACAUGUCUUCAUCAGAUGUAUCUGAUUCCGAAUCAGAAGAAACAAGUUGCAAUCGAAAUGAUACAAAUACUAUUAGUGAUACGAAUGAUAAUACUCCAGUUACCCAGCCUGUGCCUAUAAUUCAAGGAGACGAAGAAACUGACGCUGCUGUAAGAAUCCCGAUUAGUCUUCCAUCAGCCCAAUCGGUAUUAACUUUAGAAAAAUUGUACGAAAUCGAAAGCGAAUUGGAUGAUCUAGAAAUCGUUUCUUUGUUGUUUCUGUUAUCCGAUGAGGAAGACGUUCAUUGGUGCAUUCAGCAAUUGAUGCUAAUGGAAAAAGGCGGCAGUAAAAAGAUUUUAUCGAAAUGGGUGACCAAUAAAUUCGGUAGAGGUGAAAAUUGGCAAAACAAAAUGGUAGAAGCUUUAUGUGUUAUUAAAAAUUAUUACGUGCUGAAUGGACUAGGAUUUGAAAAACGACAUGUAAUCGAUCACUUUUUACCUAAACACGUUCAUUCGAUACACAUAAACCAAUUAAGGAAGUGCUGUUAUUUGAUAUGUGACAAUUUAGAUUCAAACGAUACUAAGAGAUUUUUGGAGAAUCUGAACGAUAGCUUUAAGAGGAGAAGGAUCGCAUUUGAAGAGAUUGAAAGUGGUUUUCUUGAAAUUCAUUUUUUAAAUUGGGAACGGAGGGGAAUUUUAGACAUGCAAGAAGUUAGGUCUAUUUUAAAACUGAUGUCAGAAGAGCGUCUUUAUAAUUUAGUAGAUGUGCUAUUGAGACCUCUUGAAAAUAGUACACCUAGUAUGGCGACCAUCGAAGAUAGAAGUCUUGCAAAUUCCUCAAUCGAAAAUUCCUCUUCUCACAGUAGAGAAAUGAGUUUUGAAAUUCCAAAUAAUUCAGAAUCCCUGAUUCACGCAAUGGGAGCUACUGCUUUGAACAGAUCAAGAAAACCUUCAUCUUGUACCAGUGUUGAUAAUUAUAACAUUAGGAGCGAGGGAAAUGAUAAAAAAAUCGUAGAAAAUGAAAGUAGCGUAAAGAAAAAAUGUUAUAUUAAAGAAGAAAUUGACGAUAAUGACGUAUAUCCAGUCGAUCCACAAAAUCCCGGCGUUGUGCUGAUCAUAAACCAAGAAUUUUUUUACAGAGACAUUGAUCCUCUGUAUAAGAACUUGUUGCCACCUGAUAUACAAGGUAAUUUGGCCGAGAGAUUAGGCAGUUCCAUGGAUAAAGAUAGAUUGGAAGAGGUCUUCAAGAAAUUCGGUUUUCGCGUUGAAACCCUCGAAAAUCUGACGCAUUUAGAAUUGAUUAAAGAAAUCAAGAGAGUCACUAAAAGCAUCACAAAAGAAUCCAGUUUGAUUAUUUGUAUAAUGUCGCACGGUGAUAAAGGUACCGUCUACGGUAGCAAUUCGUGCCGCGUUAAAGUUAGCGAAAUACAAGAGAUAAUGGAUUGUUAUAACAAAAAAAAUUUGAAGGGAAAACCAAAAAUACUCAUUCUACAAUCAUGCCAAGGACUAGAGUGCCAAAUACUGGAAACUGAGGAAGAUUUAGACGAGGAUCGGGUAAACAUAACGACAGACGGACCAUCUUCAGGUUAUCGAGACAUGUACAUUUUUUGGUCGACUAUCAAAGGUUACGCUUCAAUUCGAAACAAAAAAACCGGAUCCUGGUUUAUCCAAGCGUUCUGCGAAGAACUGGAUAAUUAUGGCGACAGUGAACACUUCCAGGACAUUUGCACCAAAGUUAAGAAAAGAGUUACAGGACAAACGUGGAAGAAAAAUGACAUGAUGAAAAUCGGUAUGACACCGAUUGAUCAUUCUACGUUAGUGCAUAAAUUUUAUUUUCCUAAACGGGUGCACUGAAUAACUUUAAAUUAUUCAAUUCGAAAAGUUUUAAAAGAUCGCCGUGUAUUUUAUACCGUGUAGGUAUAUUUUAAACUUUUUUACUACUCAGUUUAGAGUUUAUUGUUUUAAAAUUUUAUGUUUUAUAAUUUAUUGAUAAUAAUAUAUUUAAAAAUUUACAUGCA